AUGUCCGGAAAGGGUGCAGGGGCGAUUGACGAGCGCAGUCCCAAGCGGGCGGUCGAGACGAUGACGCUCAUGGACAUAAUCGAGCGUGUUCCUCCCAGCAUGAUGCAGCUGCUGGUCGCGCUCGCGCCGACGAUUGAUUUGGUGCAUCGCUUCCUGACUCUGGCGACCUGGCGUGGGGGAUACCGUACCAGAGUCCAGUCGUGGCUCCUGCUACUGGGCUACAUGCUGGUGUGCCUCUACGGUUACGAGGUCCUUCGUUAUGCUCCCCAGGUCAUCCCCCUCGCGUGGAUUGCGUACACGUCGCUCCGCGCCUCCUUUGCGCGUGUCGUCGGCCAGCGCCAGACGACGCCGGGCGGCACGACGUCCAAGACGAUCAAGCGCGCAGUCGCGCAGCUGUGUGACAUCUCCGACUUUGUCGCGGCUGUGUGCGAGAUGCUCGUGUACCCCCUCGCCACGCUCCUCGCAGCGCAGACGCAAGGGCCGGGUGUCAGCCACUUGGUCAUCUUCCUCCUCGCCUCGUGGCCGCUGUGGCUCCUUGUGAUGCUGCCGCCGCACAUGUGGAUCACGCCGUACUACAUCGCGCGCACAACGCUCGGGCAUGUGCUCGAGAGCGCGCCCGCCCUCGCCGUGCGCGCCUACGUCCACGAGUCGUUCGUGCCGGCGAGCCUGCGCUUCGCCGAGGGCCACGCGCCGAAGCUGUACGAGACCGGCGUGUACUACGUGGCACUCGCAGAGACGCACGUCCUGCCCGCUUUGCGUGCGGUGAUCAAGUUUUUGAAUGUGCGUGGCCUGCCGCUCGCGCUGCAGGUCAUCCCGCCGUUCCCGGUGGCCGCGCUGAGCCUGCGCUACGUCUUCCUUGUGCUGGGCGUAAUUGCGCUGACGUGGUGCUCGCCGUGGGCGACGCUCCUGCGCCGCACCAUGUGGCGCAGCGCGCUCGUCCGCCACACGGUCCUUGGCGUUGCGCACGUCCUGAGCGGCACCGACAACGUGGUCGGCGCGUGGCGCACGGCGAUGCCCAAGCGCCUGCACGGCACGUCGAGUGCGCUGGUCAAGGCCAAGCGCAACCUCGAGACCCACGAGACCGUCUUUCAGUUUGAGAUCUACGAGAACCAGCGUUGGUGGAUCGGCCUGGACUGGACCGCGGCGCUCCUGCCGCAGGAGCGCCCGUCGUGGUCCGACAGCGACAACAAUGCGGUGGCCCCGCCGUCGUCCUUUACCCUCCCGUCAGCGACCUGUGCGAUGGUCCCGUCGUUGACGCGCGCGAACCGCGACGACUGCCGCAUCGCCGAGUGGCACUGGGUCGACCUCGAGUGGCGCGUUGCCGGCGCGCAGUCGAUCACCUCGGCGGUGUACACGCCAGCCUCGUCCAUGUCUGCGAAGGAGGCGCAGCGCCUGAGCAGCCGCUUUGCCUCGGACAAGAACGUGGACGACUCGGGCGCGGUGCUCGACGCGGCGGACCGCCUCAAGGCCGCUACCGACGCCGCGGCCAAGAGCGGGUCCCCGACCAAGACCGAGGCCGAGGCAAUGGCCGACGCCGCGGCCGAGCUGCCCGAGGAGCUGCGCACCGUCGCGCGUCCAUCGGCCACCGCGUCGAACGCGAGCGACGUCGACCCCGAGGGCUGGCAGUACGGCGAUAAUGCGUGGGAAAAAAUGAGCCGCGCCAGCGGCAUGGGCCGCUACACGCGCCGUCGCUGCUGGGUGCGCCGCGCGGUGCUCGUGCAGACGGUCGAGCACGACGUGAUCCGGGAAGUGUCGUAG